AUGGACCAGCCCCGUCGAUUCUACUUACUGACCUCCCCGAGAACCGGAUCAAACCUCCUCCUAAAGAUUCUGGCAUUGGAGGACCAACCUGACGUUUAUUUCCGCAAAAAUGGAGGCUACUUCUUCAUGCCAUUAGUCUCGCUCAGGGCAGAGCUCCGCUGUUCUAAUAAACAUGUCGAAAAGUUGAGCACGGAGCAAAAGGAAAAGUUGGAAGACUGCACGAAGAGUUGUCUCAUCGAACUUUAUCGACAUAUCGAGACUGCAGAAUCAAAAGGAAAACUUGUUGUCAUUAAAGAGCAUACCAAUUUUCUGACCAACCCUGUUGUCAAGACGCAAUUUUUGUAUGGAGAUGAUCAGCCCGCCAGAGCAAUGUCUUCGAUGCGGGGGGACCGUUCAAUCCACAACGAAACAAUUCUCUCUGAUGAAUUCCUAAAGACGUGGUGUCCGGCAUUCCUCAUCAGGCAUCCAGCUCUAUCCUUCCCUUCGUUUUACCGUGCAUCCAUAAGGGCGGACGGUGAGGGGUUCACCAAGUCAAUUCCCGGAAGACGCGGCCUCCAGAUGGUGAUGACCAUGAGAUGGACACGCAAGCUAUAUGACUUUUAUGCUGAACACUUCAACAAAUUCAAAUCCCAGUCUGAACCAGCUGACUGGCCGAUAGUGCUAGACGCAGACGACGUCAUGAGCGAACCUGCGGUCCUUGUCAAGUUCUGCAAUAUUAUCGGCUUAGACAGUAACAAGCUGCGCUAUCAUUGGGAACCUGCGAAAGAAACAAAUCCGCCUCGACUUCCCUGGUUCCAGGCAUUUAGAACGACACUCGACAGUUCAACCACAAUCCUCACCACAAAGAUUGCUGCUGAUAUUAAUAUCGAUGAGGAAGCAAAAGAAUGGAAGAAGGAGUUUGGAGAGGAGGACGGCCAGCUGGUAGAGAGUUAUGUGCGAGCUGCGAUGCCGGACUAUAAGUUCUUAAAAUCCAAGAGGCUCAGGGCAUGA